UAGGUACACAUCACAACACUGAACACAGUCGCCGCCGCGACGCCACGAGAUAUAUGAGAGACGUAUACUUCGGAAAAAUCAAGAUUCUCAUCAUCUCAAGCUUCGAUUCAACUCGUCGUCCUUCGCGGCUCUAUACUUACGUCUUACGUGACCACUGAUCGCGCAUUCCAGACUUUCGUCGCAAAGAGCCUACACAACGUCGCGCCGACAUUUCCCAAAGGACAUAAGUAGAUAGAUUGACUUAUCAAAAGUAUUGAAAAAAUCUACGAAAAUGAGCAGUGCGAAACAUCUGACGGUCGGCUCGAAGGCUCCGCCCGUAGAGAACGGAAAACUCCGGCUCUACAGCAUGAGGUUCUGCCCUUACGCGCAGCGCAUCCACCUCGUCCUCGACGCCAAGAAAAUACCUUACGACGUAGUCUAUGUUAAUCUAAGUCAGAAGCCAGAGUGGCUGGUGGAGAAGAGCCCACUGGGCAAGGUACCAUGUCUGGAACUGGAAAAUGGAGACACGCUUUACGAGAGCCUAGUCAUAGCCGAGUACUUGGAUGAAGCGUAUCCUGAGCAUCACUUGUUUCCCACGGAUCCAUUAGCAAAAGCAAAAGACAAGUUGCUUAUUGAAAGAUUCAAUGAUGUCAUUACCUCUAUGUACAAACUAUAUUCAGGAAAAACUGUUGACAAAGACUUAUUUAACGAAGCACUCCUAGGAUUAGAGAUCUUUGAUAGAGAAUUAGCUAAGAGAGCAACACCCUUCUUUGGAGGUAAUCAACCUGGCAUGCUAGAUUUAAUGAUCUGGCCAUGGUGCGAGAGGGCAGAUAUUAUAAGAAUCCUCAGAGGGGAACAGUUUGUCAUUCCACGUGAGAGAUUCCUUAGAUUGCUGGAGUGGAAGCUAGCCAUGAAAGAAGACCCAGCUGUGAAGGGCAGUUUUUUGGAUGCUGAGACACAUGCGAAAUACAUGAAGAGUCGUCAAGCUGGUGCUCCACAAUAUGAUCUACUAGUAUAAUAAUCGAAGCAUUGGUUGUAAUAAUUAUACCAGAGCAUUUAACUCAAGUCUACUCAAGCACACCACUGUUGCACAAACAUUUUUAUAACAUAUAUAUGUAAGUAAGAACUGUUGCCACACAACUGUCAGAUAUUGUUUAACAAUAUCGUAAAUUUUAUGUUCUAUGUUCACAAAUAAAUGUUCCAAAGUUUAUAAUUCUAUUUAAAAAAAAUGUACUAACAAUAAUUUCUUAUAAUUACGUGUAUCCAGUUUAAUUGACAUAAAACAUUGAGUAUAAUCCAUAAAGUAGGUAUAUAACAAAUAUAACACAAGCAGCAAUCAUGAAAGUUUUCGUAUUGUCUUUUUGCAAUUUCGCGAGUUUGUCUUCAUUCUUUUUGAGCAAAUCUUUUGCAUUUGAUAGUUCUGACUCUAAUGAUUCUCUAUUAUCAAGAGUAAUCUGUUGUGCAAGUUUCUUUUCUAUAACACUUAUACGAUGGUAAGUAUGUUGCAUUGCAUCUUGGAUUUUCUGCAACUAUAAGAUACCUUAGAUGUAUAAAAUCAUAGAAUGACGUUAUUCAAAAAAGUUAAUUAAAUCAAUUACUACCUCAGUCAUAACUGAUUUUUUUUUCGAAGACAUUUUAUUUAGAAAUUCGAAAUACUCCACGCAAAAGUAAAUAAAUUGCACUGUAAACUCUUAUUAACAGGUAUCACCGGGGCGCCAUUUUGAAUGUCAGAAUACCGGACACGCCACGUGAGAAUUCUGGUUCAGUGGUUUUUAGAACACAUAAGAUUUUGACAUCGCUAAUAAUUUAAAUUCUGAAAUGAUAAAAUUAAUGCUGUUUUUUUAUUGUAUUCUAUCAGAAAAGGUUUCUGUAUUUUAUCAGAGAAAACAAUUAUAUAAUUACAAAAAUGUUUAAUUUAUAUUGCGUCAUAUUUUACAAAGAACAAAUAGCUAUGGGUAUUUAUUCGUCAUCAAAGUAUUCGCCUUAAAACGAUAUUUGUAUUAUUUCUAGUUCUAUAAUUAAGGAUUGUUCACAUUCUCUCUUCACAUGUAUAUAAAGUUAAAUCUGCACAAUGCUUGUGGCAGCGACGAAAUUAUUGGUCCAUAUCCUUGAGAGUUGU